UUAUAGAUUUAAAUUAUUUAAACUAUAGAUAAUAUUACAGUUGUGUUCAAUUCAAAUCCAAUUCAAAAUGUGGACAAUAAAAAGAUUUAUAGGAAAGUUGUCAACAAUACCGGCACCGCUAAUGGGAACAGUGUUUAGAUUGCAUCAGACAAUAGAAGAUAUUGAUGAUAAUGAUCGACCAUAUCGUAGACGACGACAACAACAGCAACGUAGUAACGCUUGGCUUAGAAUUUCAUAUAUGAUGGACACUGACAAUGAUAGAAAUGGUUGGAGUGAUGAUGAUAGUGGUGACCCUGACCUCACUUAUAUCAAUCCGAGUUUGAUCCGAACAAAGUGCGUAAGUAAUGUCUGUAUGAUUUUCGGAUUGGAAAAGGACGAAGAGAAUUUUGGUAUGACUGAUACAAAUCUCGGAACCGGUAUCUGUGUUCAUAAGGAGGAUAAACUGUUUCUAACCAAUGCUCAUGUAGUCCGUGGUCAUGAAAUUGUGUAUUUGCGUCUAUUGUCGUUCAUUGGCUUAUCGAUGACUAGAUUUGUUGAUAUCAGGCAACUACUGUCAAUGCCAUUGGAUGCAGACGUACUAUACGUUGAAGAUCACAACGAUUUGGCACUUAUUAGGCUCAGGGAUCAUCCGCCCGAAUUUGGUGUAUAUGAGGCCAUGAAGCUAUGCGAUCGGGAACCGCAGUUUGGCGAACUAGUAGCCGACUAUGGAAAUGGAGAUUGUUUUUACACAGUGUUUUCGGGUAUGAUUAAUGAAAGUGGAACAAUUGGCUUAAAUUUUAGCGAUUAUACUAUCACCUAUUUGCCCUAUACCAUGGAUCAGCUACAAGUUAUACAUUCAGCUACUAUUGUAAAGGGAUGUUCGGGUGGUCCAAUUAUAGAUAUUGAUUGCAAUUGUAUUGGUAUUAAUUUUGCCGGCAGUAAUAUCGGAGGCUUUGCAAAACCAUCGAAAACAAUGAUAUCAUUUCUAGAGCGAGGACGACAUUAUGCAGAACAUGAGUUCCUAUCGACUGAUCGUCGAAACAUCUAUUCAAUGGGUACGGCCAGUGACCGGAGAUUAGGUUUACUAUUGGAGGAAACUUAUAAUGGAUAUAUAGUUAUAGAUUAUAUGAUCAAUGCUGAUACAGAAAUAUAUUUGGGGGAAGUCAUAACACAAGUAAGAGGACAACCGUUUUUGGAUAUCCAACAGAUGCGAACAGCACUGGCAGAGCUCACCAGUGAUAGUCUAAAGGUUGAACUGAUUGUAAGCACCGAUACUGAAGAUACCGGUCUGACAUUGAAUGCUAACCUUACGGGCGAUGAAUUACCAUUGCUUUUCUGAGAAAAAAACAAACAAAAAAAAAUAGU